CGCGGAACGCUGCCGAGUCGCGGCGGGACGCUUGGCCGCUGUUAGGCGACCGACCCGGGCGAGCCCGUUAGAACAGAGCGAGCCCCGCUUCCGAGGUGGCUCUUCGCGCCCGAGGAUCAGUUUUGACCCCCAAAGUGCGACGCACAAAUUCACAUAACCUGAGGACAAUGGAUGCUGAUGAGGGUCAAGACAUGUCCCAAGUUUCAGGGAAGGAAAGUCCUCCAGUAAGUGACACUCCAGAUGAUGGCGAUGAGCCCAUGCCUGUCCCUGAAGACCUCUCCACCACAUCUGGAGGACAGCAGAACUCCAAGAGUGAGAGAGGAGUGGCCAGUAAUGUUAAAGUAGAGACUCAGAGUGAUGAAGAGAAUGGGCGUGCCUGUGAAAUGAAUGGGGAAGAAUGUGCAGAGGAUUUACGAAUGCUUGAUGCCUCAGGAGAGAAAAUGAAUGGCUCCCACAGUGGCCAAGGCAGCAAAGCUUUGUCAGGAGCUGGAGGCAUCCGACUUCCUAACGGCAAACUAAAGUGUGAUAUCUGUGGGAUAAUUUGCAUCGGUCCCAAUGUGCUCAUGGUCCACAAAAGAAGCCACACUGGAGAACGGCCUUUCCAGUGCAAUCAGUGUGGGGCUUCUUUCACUCAGAAAGGCAACCUGCUCCGGCACAUCAAGUUACACUCUGGGGAGAAGCCUUUCAAGUGCCACCUCUGCAACUACGCAUGCCGCAGGAGGGACGCCCUCACGGGCCACCUGAGGACACACUCCGUUGGGAAACCUCACAAAUGUGGAUAUUGUGGCCGAAGCUAUAAACAGCGAAGCUCUUUAGAAGAACAUAAAGAGCGUUGCCACAACUACUUGCAAAGCAUGGGUCUUCCUUCUACACUGUACCAAGUCAUGAAAGAAGAAAAUAAUCACAGUGAAAUGGCAGAAGACCUGUGCAAGAUAGGAUCAGAGAGAUCCCUCGUGCUGGACAGACUAGCAAGUAACGUCGCCAAACGUAAGAGCUCUAUGCCUCAGAAAUUUGUUGGGGACAAGUGCCUGUCAGACAUGCCCUAUGAUGGCAGCGCCAGCUAUGAGAAGGAGAAUGAGCUGAUGCAGACCCACGUGAUGGACCAAGCCAUCAACAAUGCCAUCAGCUACCUGGGGGCAGAGUCCCUGCGCCCCCUGGUGCAGACACCCCCAGGCAGCUCUGAGGUGGUCCCAGUCAUCAGUCCCAUGUACCAGCUCCACAAGCCCCACCUGGAGGGCCCCCUACGUGCCAACCAUUCCGCCCAGGACAGCGCUGUGGAGAAUCUGCUGCUGCUCUCCAAAGCUAAGUCAGUGUCUUCUGAAAGGGAGGCUUCCCCCAGCCAAGACUCCACAGACACCGAGAGCAAUAACGAAGAGCAGCGGGCUGGCCUCAUCUACCUGACCAACCACAUCAAUCCCAACGCCCGCAAUGGCCUGUCCAUCAAGGAGGAGCAUCCAGCCUAUGAUGUGCUGAGGGCAGCCUCCGAGAGCUCUCAAGACGCCUUCCGCGUGAUUGGCACAAGCGGGGAGCAGAUGAAGGUGUACAAGUGCGAACACUGCAGGGUGCUUUUCCUGGACCACGUCAUGUACACCAUCCACAUGGGCUGCCAUGGCUUCCGUGAUCCUUUCGAGUGCAACAUGUGUGGCUACCACAGUCAGGACAGGUAUGAAUUCUCAUCCCACAUCACACGGGGGGAGCACCGCUUCCACAUGAGCUAAACGCCCCCGCUGCACAGACCAGCCCCCAAAAGCACAAUACUGCCCCCACCCAUUAGUGGAAAUGGACUGGAUGAGAGUUUUGUGCUUUAAUAUCUAGGUGGGUUUGGUGGGUUUUUUUUCUUUUAUUUUUUGGAUUUUUUGUUUGUUUGUUUUAUUUUAUUUUAAGCUGUUCAGUUGCCUUGUGAUUUGCUUUGUAAAGCAAAGGUUUUUGUUGUUAGAUGCAGGGUUACCACUGAGAGCCCAAACUGGGUAACUAAAUGUUACCAUAGACUGCUAGCUGAAAUUCCCCCACUUGUUGUCUCCUAGAAUUCCCUUCCUCCAAACAAUGUGUCAGUUUCAGAGAGAAGUUAAUAAAGACAGGCCAAAGUUUGGGAAAGAAUGUGCUGGCUCCUUUCCAAGAAAAGGACUCCUGCACCAGGUGUGAUUUCUAAGGCCCUAGCAGCAGUGUGUCACCACCUGAGUUGACAUUCAAGUGAGCCAGGCAGGUGAGCUGACCCUGAAGAUACCCCCAUAGCAGACUUGAACACUGUAUCAUAUUCUUCCUGGCAAGCAAACUGUUGGGGGAAAGUUUUGUAACUAUUGGUUACAGGUCCCCUGCAGAAGGAGACAGAAUAAAUUCUUUUAGAUUAAUUCCCAAUUUCCAAACAGGAUGACAUUGCUCUGUGUCUCUAUGGCUGCACUCGCGGUCAGCCUGGCGUUCCAAGGCUUGCUGUCAGUUGCAGGGAACUCAAUAUUCCUGUGACCUUAUCUGGAAACCACUGCUUCUUCUUUUUUACUUCCACACACUUAAUGACACCAAGUCUAUCACUACAUUGUUAAGACCAGUCCUGAAAUUUAGACCAUGAUUCCUUCUGAAUCUUGCAAAACAGUGAAAUGUCUCCAAAACCAAAGCUUUAGUCCAAAGUUCACACACAGUUCCCUGGGUACGUUUUUACCCUGACUGGUUCUACCAGAACCCUAUUUGUGGGAAGAAUUCCCAUUCUAGACAUCCUUUUAGCCAAGCAGCUGUUUUGUUUGUAGCUUGUAGGCCUGAAUAACUUAUUGUUGGUAGAUUUAUUUUCCUAUAUGUAUGUUAUUCUUGUUUUAAAAUUCAUAAAAGGAUUCAGAACUUCAUUAAUUUUCAGAUCAAUGAAAUAUGACAAGUGAAGCCCAACAGAUGUUGCUAAGGCACAGAGAAAUCCACCUGUUUGAAACCAAAAAAUCUGAGACUUUCCCUUCUGAGAACAAAGCAAUACCCAGGGGCCCACACAUGGCUAGUACGAAUAGACCUGUACCAUUUUUCACUAGGAUUGUAGAUUCAGGGUAGUUAUGUCAUUCCUUCUCCCUGUCUCAGGUCUGAUAGGUAAAAGAUAGGCGGCACUAGAGGUGCCAAACAUUUAAGCAGGGAAUAACAUAUCAUUUCAAGGGUUUACAACACUUUGCUUUCCCCAACCCAUCCCAAUGUGAACAUAAAGAUUCAGAGGGAAAACUGUACAUGCACCUCCAUAUUUAACCUAAAUCUGAGGUCUUAGCCUCAAGAUAUUGACAUUUGUGGGAAUGGAUAUUUCCAAUUUUCCAAAUUUGGGGGCUGGAUAUUUCCUUGUGGGGGAUUUUCCCAUACAUCCUGAGAGACUUGGCAACACCCCGAUCACAAAGCACUAGAUGACAGAAUGUGCACUAGAAAGUGCCCUGGAAGGUAAAUUACACCUGCUGAGAACCUCUGCUUGAAUGAAUUCUAAACCAGCUGAAGGUCUGCAAAGUCUUCCAGAGAUAAAAUCACUGGGAAAUAUCUUUUCAGGUCACAGCUGGACCUUUGUUCUUUUGGAGCCAUUUUAGAUUUUAUAAAUGAAGUAUUCUCCUCCAUUCUUGACAAGUACACUUGUUCCUGUGCGUCCGAGUUUCAUUAGAAGGACGGAGUUCACAAAAAUACCCUAGCAGCUUGGGGUUUUCUUUGCUUACCGGUAGUGCUGCAUUUUGAAACUGGAAAUGGCAGUAAUUUAGAUGUGUGCCCACGGAUGCACCAAGUAAAGAUGUGUGCCAGGAUGCACCAAGUAAAAGUGCUGAGAGAAGCAAGCUGUUGUCAGCUGCCAGUUCAAUAUGCAGUUAGGGAAGGUGAGACAUUGCUUAGAUUUCCAUUUUGCUGGGCAAUUUCACCUGCCCAUCCCACACAGUCAGUUGAGUGAAAGGAGUUACUUUCCCCCACAGGAAGUCUUGAAACAAAGCUUUACAUAGAUUGUAAAUAGUAACUAGGAGUUCUUUUCUAAAAUGCUUCCCUUUCCUCACCCUGUCUUUGAGGGUCAAUAUAACUGUCUAUUACACAUCUUUUUUUGUUGUGGUUUUAUAAUGUAACACCAUUUUCUUUGAAAUUAUUGUAUUUAAAGUAAGUUUUCAUAGACUGUCAACCAGUAAUUAAAUUAUAUUUGAAAGGCAACCAUGUCUGUACCCAAAGCUGUCCAUGUUUUUCUUGUAGUGGUAAAGUAGGAUUUUGCAUGCCCUCUCACACCUUUCUGUUCUGUGGUUUGUUCUCUUGUCUGAUGGUAUGAGUGUGCGUACUGAAAUGUGCCUGCAUUUCAUACACUCUUGUGU